CGUUGUCCAAGACUAAUGUCGCCAUCAUCGAUCGUUUUUACCAGGACUACUGAGGAAGAUAACGUACUAUCGAGUCGCGAGAGCCGCCAUCACGGUUUGAUUCAAACCAAUCCGCGCAUGCUUGUUAUGACACGUGACGUGCUUUCUUCUUCGUCUAUUUAAUUUGUGAGACUGAUAGCCGCCUUCGAGUGGUUGGGAGCGUUCUGAGUAAUAACUCCAAAACUAUGAAGCGAUGAUGUCCCUGCAGUUGGUCGGCCGCACACCUGAGGACACACCCGCUGUUACCUGUCCGGGCGACUGUCAAUGUGGAGGUGGAUGAGCGAGUCGCUGAAGUCUGCGGCCAACUUCAUAACAGCCGCGUGUGUAUCUGACCACACCUGGGCGGGUGCACGGACACGAUUCAUGGAUGACAAGUCUGAACUGGACACAGACACAUGUGAGGAGCAGCAGUCCGCGGGCUGGAGACUGGAAAUGCAGGCGAUCAUUACAAGGAACGGGGUGGAAACGCCGGAGCCGCUGAAGGCCACCGUCACCGGCUCGCUGCCGUCAUGGCUGCAGGGGGUUCUGAUCCGGAAUGGUCCGGGUAAGUUCUCUGUGGGCGACUCCAAGUACAACCACUGGUUUGACGGGAUGUCGCUGCUGCACAGCUUCACCUUCACGCACGGCGAAGUCAUCUACAGGAGCCAGUUUUUGAAGAGCAAAACGUACCAGAGGAACAUGAAAGCCAACCGCAUCGUGGUGUCGGAAUUCGGAACUAUGAUCUACCCUGACCCAUGCAAGAACAUCUUCUCCAGGUUCUUCACUCACCUGAGCAACGUGAUCCCCGACUUCACCGACAACAACUUGAUCAACGUCAUUCGUUAUGGCCGCGACUACUACGCGUCCUCUGAGGUGAACUACAUGAACCAGAUUGACCCGGCUACCUUGGACACAGUCGGCAGGGUCAACUACCGGAAUCACAUUGCCUUGAACCUGGCAACGGCUCAUCCACACUACGACCAGGAGGGAAACACGUACAACAUGGGCACCGCAGUCAUUGGACUGGGACCCCCCAAGUACCUCAUCUUCAAGAUCCCGGCCGACCCAUCUGAUGCAAACAAGUCGGCCCUCAAAGAUGUGCAGCAUGUCUCUUCAUUCCCCUUUCGUUCCCGCCGUUUCCCAAGCUACUUCCACAGCUUUGGAAUGACCGAAAACUACAUUGUGUUUGUGGAGCAGCCGUUCAAGCUGGAUGUGCUCAAGUUAGCCACCGCCUACUUCAGGGAUACCCACUGGGGGGCGUGUCUGAAGUUUGACAAGGGUGACAUUACCGUCUUUAACAUCAUCGACAAGAAGUCAGGGAAACGGAGCGCGACUACCUUCUGCGGCGACGCCCUGGUGGUCUUCCACCACAUCAACGCCUAUGAGGAAGCGGGCCAUGUGGUGGUGGAUCUCAUCAGCUACAAGGACAGCAACUUGUACGACAUGUUCUACUUACACAACCUCAGACAAGAAACAAAAGACUUCAUAGAAGACGCCUCACAGUUUUCUCCCCCGACCUGCCAGCGAUUUGUUCUGCCGCUGCAGUCACACCAGGAAUCUCCUCGGGGAGUCAAUUUGGUGACCUUGACAGACACGACUGCAGAGGCUGUAAUGAGAGAGGAUGGAACCAUUCAUUGCCGCCCCGAAACGCUGUUCUCAGGUCUGGAGCUGCCCAACAUUAACUACAAAUACAGUGGUAAGAAGUACCGCUACUUCUACGGCUCCCGUAUGGAAUGGUCACCACAUCCAAACAAGAUCGCCAAGUUUGACAUUGUGACAAAGACCUGUCAGCAGUGGCAGCAGGACAAUUGUUUCCCAUCAGAGCCAGUGUUUGUGGCAUCACCUGAUGCACAGGAGGAGGAUGAUGGUGUCCUCCUGUCAUCUAUUGUUUCUCCUGACCCAAAUAUUCUUCCAUUCAUGCUGGUGCUCGACGCCAAAAACAUGAAAGAGAUCGCCCGAGCCACCAUCCCAGCCCAGGUUCAUAUUGACCUUCACGGAGUUUUCAUUCCUGCAGACCACUGACCAACCAGAUGGACAUAUCACCAAGCACUAGGUUUAUUUCAUCCUGCCCAAGAGCACUUAUUACAUUAUUAUUUAUAAUUAUUUUGUGUAAAUACAUGAAGUGGAAAAAUAAAAAUGUCAAUAUUUAUUUGCAACCUUUGAGAUAAAUUUCACACAAAUCAUUUAGACAUAAUCAAUUAAAUAAAAUCCAGGAUACAGCUACAGUUGCUUGAAGCAAAACCAACUGAUUGAGCUAAAAACGGUCGCUUUCAACUCAGAUUGACUCAAGUCGACUUCUUCAGGUUUCAGUCUAAUUGAUUAGUGAAGUCCAGGUCACAACUUCAUCAUGUGCUCUCUGAGUGCCUCCUCCACUCAUCCGGAUGGUCGGAUGUUUUUCAUGUCACGUUUCAGAAGUGUCUUAUGAUGUAUUGCUCUUAACUAUUUUUAGAGACUUUCACACAGCUCCAAACCUCAAAGUCCAUUUUCACUUUUACCUUUGACAGUUUCCGUCACGAUGUGUUGGCACAACACUGUUAUUCUGCUGCUUGUGUCGUAUCAAGAGCUAUUCACUCACUCAACCCUCUGAGUUACAUUCUCAGUUACGCUGCUGAGGAUUGCAUCUGACAAGCCCCACCAGCCAAGCGUGUGAAGCGUGUGGGCUACAGAAGAACAGAGCAUCACAAGCCCAGUCAUUCAAGCCCGAGUGAGCAGGAAUUACUUAACGUAACGUGUACUGCAAUAUCAUAGGCAAAUGCACAGCUUAUAGAGGUGUAUUCAUUUAAAACCAAACCCAGAAAUUAUCUUUGUUG